CUUCUCUCUACCUACUUACCAUUUCCUUCCUCCUCCUGCUCUCCACCUCUCCCCCUCUCUUCUCUCUACCUACCUCCCCUUUCCUUCCUCCUCCUGCUCUCCACCUCUCCCCAUCUCUUCUCUCUACCUACUUCCCCUUUCCUUCCUCCUCCUACUCUCCACCUCUCUUCUCUCUACCUACCUCCCCUUUCCUUCCUCCUCCUGCUCUCCACAUCUCUUCUCUCUACCUACCUCCCAUUUCCUUCCUCCUCCUACUCUCCACCUCUCCCCCUCUCUUCUCUCUACCUAAUUCCCCCUUCCUUCCUCCUCCUGCUCUCCACCUCUCCCUCUCUCUUCUCUCUACCUAAUUCCCCUUUCCUUCCUCCUCCUGCUCUCCACCUCUCCCCAUCUCUUCUCUCUACCUACCUCCCCUUUCCUUCCUCCUCCUGCUCUCCACCUCUCCCCCUCUCUUCUCUCUACCUACUUCCCCUUUCCUUCCUCCUCCUGCUCUCCACCUCUCCACCUCUCUUCUCUCUACCUACCUCCCCUUUCCUUCCUCCUCCUGCUCUCCACCUCUCCCUCUCUCUUCUCUCUACCUACUUCCCCUUUCCUUCCUCCUCCUGCUCUCCACCUCUCCCCAUCUCUUCUCUCUACCUACUUCCCCUUUCCUUCCUCCUCCUGCUCUCCACCUCUCCCUCUCUCUUCUCUCUACCUAAUUCCCCUUUCCUCCCUCCUCCUGCUCUCCCUCUCUCUUCUCUCUACCUACUUACCCUUUCCUUCCUCCUCCUGCUCUCCACCUCUCCCCAUCUCUUCUCUCUACCUACCUCCCCUUUCCUUCCUCCUCCUGCUCUCCACCUCUCCCUCUCUCUUCUCUCUACCUACUUCCCCUUUCCUUCCUCCUCCUGCUCUCCACCUCUCCCUCUCUCUUCUCUCUACCUAAUUCCCCUUUCCUCCCUCCUCCUGCUCUCCACCUAUCCCUCUCUCUUCUCUCUACCUACUUCCCCUUUCAUUUCUCCUCCUGCUCUCCACCUCUCCCCAUCUCUUCUCUCUACCUACUUACCCUUUCAUUCCUCCUCCUGCUCUCCACCUCUCCCCCACUCUUCUCUCUACCUACUUCCCCUUUCCUUCCUCCUCCUGCUCUCCACCUCUCCCCUUCUCUUCUCUCCAGGCUUCCUGAGUACAGGCGACCAGUCAGCCAAGGGGAACUACGGUCUGUUGGACCAGAUCCAGGCCCUGCGUUGGCUCAAUGAGAACAUCGGCCAUUUUGGGGGCGACCCCGAGCGCAUCACCAUCUUCGGCUCCGGGGCGGGGGCGUCCUGCGUCAACCUGCUCAUCCUCUCGCACCACUCCGAGGGGUUGUUCCAGAGGGCCAUAGCCCAGAGUGGCUCAGCCAUCUCCAGCUGGUCGGUCAACUACCAGCCCCUCAAGUACACUAAGAUCCUGGCCCGGAAAGUGGGCUGCAGCCACUCAGAGACAGCAGAAUUAGUGGACUGCCUGAGGAAGAAGAACUUCAGGGAGCUGGUGGAUCAGGACAUUCAGCCGGCCCGCUACCACAUCGCCUUCGGACCCGUAGUGGACGGAGACGUGGUGCCGGACGACCCUGAGAUACUCAUGCAGCAGGGGGAGUUCCUGAACUAUGACAUCCUGAUAGGAGUGAACCAGGGAGAGGGGCUCAAGUUUGUAGAUGACAGUGAAGACAACGAUGGGAUCUCAGCUGCAGCGUUCGACUACACUAUAUCUAACUUUGUGGACAAUCUCUACGGCUAUCCUGAGGGUAAGGACAUCCUAAGGGAGACCAUUAAGUUCAUGUACACUGACUGGGCCGACCGUGACAACGGAGACAUGAGGAGAAAAACCCUCCUCGCCUUAUUCACGGACCACCAGUGGGUGGCGCCGGCAGUGGCCACGGCCAAACUGCACGCCGAGUUCCAGUCUCCCGUUUACUUCUACACCUUCUACCACCACUGUCAGACGGAGACGCGGCCGGAGUGGGCGGAUGCAGCCCACGGGGAUGAGAUCCCCUACGUGUUCGGGGUGCCCAUGAUCGGAGCCACCGACCUCUUCCCCUGCAACUUCUCUAAGAAUGAUGUCAUGCUCAGUGCUGUAGUCAUGACAUAUUGGACUAACUUCGCUAAGACAGGGGACCCCAAUCUGCCAGUGCCUCAGGACACCAAGUUCAUCCACACCAAGCCCAACCGCUUCGAGGAGGUCAUCUGGACCAAGUUCAACUCCAAGGACAAGCAGUACCUCCACAUCGGCCUGAAGCCCCGCGUCAGGGACAACUACCGAGCCAACAAGGUGGCCUUCUGGCUGGAGCUGGUCCCUCAUUUACACUCCCUCCAUGAAGUCCUGAACCCCACCACCACCAGGCUACCUCCAGGCAGCACUCGCCCCCCCGGGGGCCCCUGGAAGCCCAAACCCCGCACCACGGGCCACCCCUACCCCACCUUCCCCGACCCUGUGGAGCCCUACGGAUCAGAGCGGCCCAGACUGGACCUCUUCCCCGGUGACACGCGGGAUUAUUCCACAGAGCUGUCGGUGACCGUGGCAGUGGGGGCGUCGCUGCUCUUCCUCAACAUCCUGGCGUUUGCUGCGCUCUACUACAAGCGGGACAAGCGUCAGGAGAUGCGGCGCCACCGGCUGUCUCCGCAGCGCCACGGAGGGCCUGCCAACGACCUGGCGCACAGCCAAGAGGAAGAGAUCAUGUCCCUGCAGAUGAAGCACUCGGAGCACGACUCGCACCACGACAUGGAGCCCCUCCGGCCCCACGACAUCCUGCGGCCCUCCUGUCCGCCCGACUACACCCUGGCCCUGCGGAGGGCCCCGGACGACGUGCCCCUCAUGACCCCCAACACCAUCACCAUGAUCCCCAGCACCAUCACCGGCAUGCAGCCCCUCCACCCCUUCAACACCUACCCCAGCUCCGGCCACAACAACACCCUGCCCCACCCCCACUCCACCACACGUGUAUAGUAGAGCUACAGCUACCCCUGGGGGACCGGAGGACCAACUACACACUCUGGUUUAUCACUAUUGGAUCGCUAUGGAUAUCUCUCUCUCUCUCUCUCUCUUACUCUCUGUUUUUCCAACCGUCAGCCUGGUGCCCUGAUGCUGUAUCUUUCCUACAGCGCAACCUUGCUGGGGUUAAGUGGAAGUGCAGCUGAACUGCAGGGGAAGCAGGUGUUAUUGAGGGUGUUGAGAUAUUUUGAGUGGGUCUCGUAUUCUCUGAUCCUGACAGCCCCCAAAACUGCCCACAUGAUGAUCCUCUGCCUCUUACUGUGCAUUUCAUUUUGUUGUUUUUUUCAUCCCAUGUUUUCUCGGUUUCGGUGUUGUAAUAGGGUUGGGGACAGAAGAGGCUGGUGGGUAGAGCUAUAGGAGGACAGGGUCAUUGUAAUGGCUGGAAUGGAAUGAAUGGAACACAGUCAAAUAUGUGGUUUCCAUAUGCUUGAUGUGUUUGACAUCAUUACAUUUAUUCUACUCCAGACUUUACAAUGAGCCCGUCCUCCUAUAGCUCCUCCCAGCAGCCUCCACUGGUUGGGGAUCGUUUUUUGGAGUGUGAGGUAAAGCGUUUGGUUCCUUUUCCUUCUGAUAUAUUGGAAAGCCUCUAUCUCUCUACUCAUCUCAUCUGCUUACUUGAGUCUCUUCUCUUUUCCACAUCCCUCUCUUUCCCUCCUCUGUAGUUCUAAAACAACCUUUUUUAUACAAGGCGUACAGUACAUACAGUAAGUAUAUAUCAUGAAAAUAUUGGUAUUCUGAUAUCGUCUUUCUACCAGCAUUCUUGGUGCCAAGUACUGUGUUGUUUUCCCAUAGGAGGGGAACUGAGAGAGAAUCAAGAGUGUUGAGCUGUAUCAAGAUAGCCUACUUACUGUGUGUUCAUGAAAAGUGCCAAACUGGCCUAUCUUGUGCUUUUUUUCGUUAUCUUUUUUCAACGUUUGUUUGUUUGAUUGAUUGUUGCUUUCGGUUCUUAUUUUUUGUGGAAAGUUUUUAAAUAUAUAGAUAUAUAGACACACACAUAUAUAUAUAUAUAUAUAUAUAUAUAUAUAUAUAUAUAUAUAUAUA